AAACCAGAAGAGGGAGAGAGGAGCGAUGGUGAGUGGAAAGGAAAUGGCGGAGAGGAGAGGCGGCGGAGGGAGGAGCGGCGGCGAUGGAGCGAUUGGCGGCACGGGUGCGUAGAGGCGGCGGUGUUGAUGAAGCUGAAACUCCCCAAGGUUAGGGUUGGAAGGAAGAUAUUUGGCAACGGGGGCAUUCUUGCCAAGGCAAAAAAGGGGUGCGCGUCGGGGAUGGCGCCUCCCUGUGGGGGCGGCCCUGACAGCACCGCCGCAUCGACUCCUCGGGAGCGGACAAAGCUGAAUCAAAAAGCUGCCAAGCUCAUGAGCCAGUCAACAAAAAGAAGACUUGCAGUGAGUGCCGAAUCAGAUAUUGAGAAAGCAGCAGCUUAUGUUCCAAGGGCCAUCGAAAAGAAUGAAGCCGCGCGGGAACGCAUUCAGCACGCAUUGGAGAAGAACUAUCUUUUCAAGUCUCUCGACAAGGAGCAAACAAAGACGGUGGUGGAUUCUGUGGAGGAAGUUAAGUACAACCCCAAUGACAUUAUAAUCAAGCAGGGCGAUGAGGGUGACAAAUUUUUCCUCAUCGAGAUAGGUGAAUGUGAAGUGUGGUUGAAGGACCCAGAGAGGAUACGCCCCGAGAUGGUCAAGAGAUAUGGUCCUGGAGACACAUUCGGAGAGCUUGCGCUUCUGUACAAUGCUCCCCGUGCGGCAACUGUCAAGGCAAUUACAAGCUGUACACUCUGGGCGGUAGACAGGCCCACUUUUCGAGCGAUUCUUAUGCAAACUACCAACAACAAGCGGCAAUUAUACGAAAAGUUUUUGGCAGAGGUUCCUUUGCUGAAGACGCUAACAGCGUACGAAAGAUCCGCAAUUGCCGAUGUUUUGGACGCGGAAUACUACGAACCAAACACAGACAUUAUAGUGGAGGGCCAAGAAGGAAACAAGUUUUAUUUUCUGGAAGAAGGAGAAGCCGAGGCAAGGACAGGAGACAAGGUACUAAUGAAAUACAAGCGUGGAGAUUACUUUGGGGAGUUGGCGCUACUAAGCAACAAUCCUAGAGCAGCGACUGUCAGAGCGACAACGAAAUGCAAGUGCGUUUCAAUUCAUCGGGACAGUUUCAAGAGAUUGCUUGGAAAAGUAGAAGACAUCUUAGAGCGGAGGAAAGAAGAAUACGAGAAAACUUCUGCAGGCACAAGCUAAUCGCGAGAAGACUUAGCCACAGUUCUGGUUAACUCCAGGUUUGCCGUAGAUAUUUGAAAUUGGAGUGUCAGGAUCAGGUUCAUGCAUAUUUGACUGGGAAAAGAAAGCAGUGUCAUUUUGCAUUUGGAA